CUUUUUACAUCCGCGUCAUGACUCCAUCACCCACCCAACCCUAGUGACGGGGAAUUGGAGAUGUUCCCGUCUGACUCUAUAUCGGUCCUUUUGACACGGAAGAUCAUUCAAGAGUACCUAUCCCUAUAUGUUCUCCCGAGUCUCCCUCUAAUACUUUCUCUUCUCUUUCUCUCCUAAUUGGUCGAGAGAGAAAAAGAGAUAGGUAGAGAAAAACGAAGAGUCUCUCUCUUCUUUAUGUCAGGGCACAAAUCUUUCACCUCUUCUUCUUUCUUCUGACCCAUUUCAGAAGGAACCACCAAAAAAUAGAGGCAGAAGGUUCUAGAAGCCGCCAAUUCUUUUUUUUUUUUUUUGGUUUAAUCUGUCUGAGUCCGAGAGGUUUGUGAUUGUAACAAUGGAUUCCUCGUGUGUCCCAAACGGUGAUGUUUCCGGGUUCAAAGAUAAGGAGCCAAUGGUUGACCCUUUCUUGGUCGAGGCUCUUCAGAACCCUCGUCACCGUGUCACCAUUUUGCGGAUGGAGCUGGAUAUCCAGAGGUUCCUGAAUAAUGCAGAUCAGCAGCAUUUUGAGUUUCAACAUUUCCCUUCUUCAUAUCUCAGACUGGCUGCACAUCGUGUUGCUCAACACUAUGGUAUGCAAACAAUGGUUCAAGAUAAUGGCUUCAAUGGCCAGGGAACCAGAAUUAUGGUAAGAAAGAUAGCAGAAAGCAGGUAUCCUGUGGUUUGCUUAUCUGAAAUACCUGCUAAACAGUUGGAAGAUGAUAAACCUGAGCAGAUAAAAAUUGCCAUAAGGCCCAGGCAAAAUAAAAACAGUUUAAAUGAAGCCGGAAGGAAAAGCAAUCCUCUUAGAAGCGUGGAAGAGAGAAAGGAGGAAUAUGAUCGGGCACGAGCACGCAUUUUUAGUAGCUCCAGAAGUUGUGACUCAGAUGAUACUCUGUCCCAGACUUUUACAGAUGAGAAAAAUUCUCUUAUAAUCAAGGAUGAGAAUGAAACUAGCAAGACCCCUGUGGUUGAUUCAGAACAAUGCACUGUUGGCAGGGAUAUUAGUUCUACUCGAGUUGCCAUUUUGAGAGAUAGGGAAAAGGACCGUAGUGAUCCAGAUUAUGAUCGUAACUAUGGAAGAUAUGCUAGGAGUAUUCCAAUUUCUUCCCUUAACUUGAUGCCUUUUAAUUUGCAACAAGUUCAACCUCCAUUUGUGCAGUAUGACAAUGCUUUUAAUCCGUUCAGUCAGAUAUCACAAAAUCAAGCUUCACUUGGCUAUGGACCUCCUCCAAGCCCUAUGAUGAAUCCUUUUGGUGUCACGGGGUCAAAUCAGGUGUCUAGGGAUGGUGCUUAUGUACAGUGGCCAAGUGCUGCAAUGAUGUAUGCACAUUCAUAUGACCAAUUUAGACAUGCUGUUUUCCAGGCUCCGAUUGCUCAACGCCCAUUGAGUUUCGAUUAUUCACAGAAUUACUAGAUGACGUUUAGAGGGAAGUUUUCCAUUUGGCUGCAGAUGUUAUUUUAGCUAUUAAGGAUUUCAGAGUAAGAUACAAUUUUUCUGUACUGUUAUAAUAGACCCUUGUUUUCUAUUCUGGUUUUUAAGUUUUGAUGGUGGUAGUAAGCAUUCGGUAUUUCCUAGUGAAAUUUUUAUACUGGACUGUAGUGAAAGUACUGGAUUUGAAGUCUAUGAAGAGUUAUAUGUGGUUACCUUGUCCAA